UUGGUCUUGUCUGGAACUGUUGUUUGUGGCCUUGUGUCACCGGUCUACAUAUAAAUGGACAGACGCAAAAGUCCGAGUAUUUAUGUAAACAACCUUUCCCAGUGAUCUUACGGCGACCUGCAGCACAAGGCCAUUGUGAGAACUCACAUCUACUCACCAGAAGAAACAGUAGGAAAUUCCUCGGGAACAACACAGAAACUUCUAAACCACCUACAAGAUGGAUACCUUCCUGAGACUUACCGCUGUUCUUUCAGUAUUGUUGUGUGCGGCAUUUGUUUCCACAACAGCAGUUGAAAGUGUACAGACAAAGCAUGAACUCAGCAGACGUUCACUGGCAGACCUUCUGGUCAGCUCUCCGUCCGCCGUCAUCCCGAGUCUGCUCCUGUUGGCUUCCAUCAACACCGUUGUCGACAUUAUUAUUGAACUGAGGACGAACCAGCGCAAAGUACUGAACGCUCUGUCAGGCUCCCAACUUAUGGAGAUUUUUCGAAGGCUCUCCCCUCAGCUGCUGGCCCGUGUGCUGGAAGCCAUCCUACCCGAGAACUUUUCGAUCUUGACCAGGAAGCUGACCCCGCUGCAGAUGCUGGACGUCAUGAAGAAGCUGACACCACACGAUCUCGUCGCCGUCCUCAAUCUCCUCACUGAUGCUCAAGUGACAGACAUUUUGACUCGACUGCCGCGUGAGAGCAUCCAGGCUCUGGCAGCCGCCACCGCUGACGCUCGUCUGACUCGGCUGGUGGCUGCCCUCCCUGCAGCAUAAGAUGAACACCAUGAGCGCAACCUCCUACAGAGAUGACGCCGGAAGUGUACGGCGCUGUUGACGUCACCGGAGUACAGCAGUUACAACGUUUACAUCGUCUGUGUUCCACAAUGUCAAUCCUGUCUUAUGCAAAGUGUGUAACUAUGACUUAAAGAAAUAAAUGAUCGGUGAUAUUGUU